AUGAACUCCGUCCACAGCCUGAUUGACGCUCCUCCACCAGCGGCCCAGCUGGGAGCCCAGGCCGGCGUUCACAUCCACGACUACGCGCAGGAACAGCCUCACGCGCACAGCCUGCAGCGCCUGGCCUCUCCGCCGCCGGCCCCGGCAUCGGCCCCGGCCGUGGCGGGCCUCUCGCUGUCUCCCACGGCGCCCGCCUCGGCCCCGACGCCAGCUCACACGCCGCGGCCAGACGACCUGCACGCGCGGCAUCUGCCUCCGCCGUCCACGCCGUCCAUGGCGCACUACGUCUCCAUCGCCUCGCCGCCGUUGAGACAGGACACGGGCUCGUCAGUCUCCACGCAGGCCACCACGGCUACCCUGGCCUCUACUGAGACCAACAACACAUCGUACAGUGCCGACACCUCCCCUAACCCGCACCAGUCCAUUUUCUCCCUCAAGGAUGGCUCCGACGUCUCUAACAGCCGUCGAACCAGCAGGAGACGUACCGGCCCCCUAUCUCAGCAGUCUAGAGAGCGGGCCGCCCUCAUCAGAAAGCUAGGAGCCUGCGUCGACUGUCGCCGCAGGAGAGUUGCC